CACGUGCACUAUGUUAACAUGAUACUAAUACCCGAACUCAGCCAAUCCCAUAAUAUAUUUGUGUGUAAAGUUAAAGAAAGCAAAAGCAGUGUUCAGGUUCAGGGAAUGGCUUCCAUAACGAUGGCAGCCUCACUCCUCGGCAGCUCGGCGGGGGUGGUCAUCUCCAAACAGCCAUCGACCACCGGGUGCCGUGGGGGAGUUACAGUGGCCAAGGCAUCAGAGGUGAGUACUGCUCAACGAGUGAGUUUGAAAGAGAAGGAGAAGGUGGAAGCUGCCGCUGCCGGCAGCAGCUGCAGCGGGCGGAGGAAGAUGGUGUUUAUGGCGGCAGUGGCAGCGUGCACCGUGGCCAGAGAUGCAAUGGCCGAUGACCAAAGGCAGACCCCUGAAGCUAAGAAGAAGUAUGCACCAAUCUGUGUCACAAUGCCAACUGCCCGUAUCUGCCACAAGUGAAGUGAGAGCAUGGAAUGAAUAGUAUUGUCAUUCCAGUGCUUCGAGGGCUUGCUGGUCUGUGACCAAAAUGUACAACUUUUACAACAUAUUCCUAUUAUAAUAUUUGUGUUUUCCGA